GAUGCUGGUGUGCGGAUGAACGCUCCUGCCGCUUCCAAGUCUCUUCUGCUUUACUCGGUGCAGGUAGCCAUGAGUGACCGAAAGGCUGUGAUCAAGAACGCGGACAUGUCAGAAGAGAUGCAGCAAGACUCUGUGGAGUGUGCUACGCAGGCCCUCGAGAAAUACAACAUUGAGAAGGACAUAGCAGCUCACAUAAAGAAGGAGUUUGACAAGAAAUACAAUCCCACUUGGCACUGCAUCGUGGGAAGGAACUUUGGAAGCUACGUGACUCAUGAGACAAAGCACUUCAUCUACUUCUACCUCGGCCAAGUCGCUAUUCUUCUCUUCAAGUCUGGUUAGAACUAUGGACUGUUACUGAAACUUGCAUCUGGUUACAGGACUGUAUGCUGCCCCCUAUCACACCUGUUACUUCAGCCUUCUUGAGGGUGCAGACCUUGAUCUUCAAGGGUAACGUCAGGGAUUUUGGUGUAGCAGUUGGUGUUUCAUUGUGGCUAUAAAGAAGAAAAAUACCAAAAAGGUCUUCCUUGUAUUUAUUUUCUUUCAAAGCCUGUCAUCUUUGCUAGUAGAGCUGUUGGAGCGGUUUGGCCUUUAAAAGUUUCAUAGGCAUCUGUUUUUUUUUCUCCCCUGUUAGUGCCUGUGCUGUGUAAGCACUGAUUGUGUACUUCUUCCUGUUUCACAGAGGUCUUUUUAUUUUUUUCUUCUGUUUUUGGCUGUUUUUCCCUUUGUUACGUAUACUGAAAGGUACAGUCAUAGCGCGUUGCAAGCCCUGAGCUGUUCUGUUGUGUUGUUUCUGUCUCUUGGCGGAUCGCUUUGGAAAAUAAACUACGCGGUUUACCCUAGGA